AAAUCCACUUAGCAAAGACUUGAGGUUGAUGAUAUACCACCCACAUAGCGGCGCAUUAUAGAUAAGGAGGGGAAAAUCAGCUUUUUGGAGAAGAAACCAAAGAAAACAUUCGAAACCCUAAAAUCUCCAUUAGAAUUCGAAAAUGACAAAGAAGAGAAAGCUCGAAGGAGAAGAAUCUAACGAAGCUGAAGAACCGUCGCAGAAGCUGAAGCAGACGCCGGAGGAGGAGCAGCAGCUUGUAAUUAAAAAUCAGGAUAAUCAAGGAGACGUUGAAGAAGUUGAAUACGAGGAAGUAGAGGAAGAGCAAGAAGAAGAAGUAGAAGAUGAUGACGAUGAAGAUGAUGGUGAUGAGAAUGAGGAUCAGACGGAUGGGAAUCGUAUAGAGGCGGCGGCGACGUCUGGAUCUGGCAAUCAAGAAGAUGAUGACGAUGAACCAAUUCAGGAUCUGUUGGAACCAUUUUCAAAGGAGCAAGUUUUGAGUCUUCUUAAGGAAGCAGCGGAGAAGCAUGUUGAUGUAGCCAAUCGAAUUAGGGAAGUAGCUGAUGAGGACCCUGUUCAUCGGAAGAUCUUUGUGCACGGUCUUGGUUGGGAUACGAAAACAGAGACGCUUAUUGAAGCUUUUAAGCAGUACGGAGAGAUCGAAGAUUGCAAGGCUGUGUUUGAUAAGAUCUCAGGGAAAUCUAAAGGUUAUGGCUUUAUUCUGUACAAGUCUCGUUCAGGUGCUCGCAACGCACUCAAGCAGCCUCAGAAGAAGAUUGGUAGUCGUAUGACGGCAUGCCAAUUGGCUUCUAAAGGACCUGUCUUUGGUGGAGCUCCUAUCGCUGCUGCAGCUGUUUCAGCGCCUGCUCAGCAUUCGAACUCGGAGCAUACUCAGAAAAAGAUUUAUGUUAGUAAUGUCGGAGCAGAGCUUGAUCCACAGAAGUUGCUGAUGUUUUUCUCAAAGUUUGGAGAAAUUGAAGAAGGUCCUUUGGGUCUUGAUAAGUAUACUGGGAGACCUAAAGGUUUCUGUCUCUUUGUUUAUAAGUCGUCUGAAAGCGCCAAGAGGGCUUUGGAGGAGCCACACAAGACUUUUGAAGGCCAUAUCUUGCAUUGCCAGAAAGCUAUCGAUGGUCCCAAACCGGGCAAGCAGCAGCAGCAUCACCAUAACCCACACGCCUAUAACAAUCCUCGUUACCAAAGGAAUGAUAACAAUGGUUAUGGUCCGCCUGGAGGUCAUGGACAUCUCAUGGCUGGUAACCCAGCUGGGAUGGGUGGUCCAACGGCACAGGUGAUAAACCCGGCCAUUGGACAGGCCUUGACAGCUUUAUUGGCAUCUCAGGGAGCUGGUUUGGCUUUUAAUCCGGCAAUUGGACAGGCUUUGUUGGGUUCCUUGGGGACAGCUGCUGGUGUAAACCCAGGGAAUGGAGUUGGAAUGCCAACUGGUUACGGUACUCAAGCUAUGGCACCGGGGACAAUGCCUGGGUACGGUACACAACCUGGGUUGCAAGGCGGUUAUCAGACUCCGCAACCUGGUCAAGGCGGUACAAGUAGAGGGCAACAUGGUGUCGGGCCAUACGGUACUCCUUACAUGGGUCACUAAAUGUAUCAUGUAUCCAUCCACUCAGGUAGAGCAAUGAAUUUCCCUUGUUUAAUUGUUGAAAUGUCUUUCCUCAGUAUAUAUUAACUUACUGAUGUCUGAAGACAAGAAGUUUCUGUGUAUAUCCACAUGGUUUUUGUUUGCAUUGGAGUUUUGGGGGAUUUUGCAACGGUUGUUAAAGCAUGUUACUUCUCUUAUUUUCUUAAAUUCAUUGUGCAGAUAUCAGAAAUCAGUGUUUUAAUAUUGGCCUGGUGAUUCUUCUCAAGUUUAUAAGGAGCUGAUGCUAAAUGAAGUCUUUAUGAAAUGUUACUCUUUGGUCACUCCUAAGGCCAAACUCAUAAAAAACCUUUUAAGGAGUUUUAGUUUUCAUCUACUUGUUUUUCCCAAACUCUCUUUAUGAAAUUCCUAAAAAAAACUUUGUACUACUAUUUUCAGUGUUUAUGUCUCUAUUUUUUCAGUUUUCUGAAUAUCCCCCUUAGACUUUCAUUUGUAAAACUAAAAAAGCGCAACUACGCUCCAUGUGGGUCUUUGCUUAUCGAACUCUAGUUUUUCCUAAAUAGUUUUUAUUGACUUCUCUGUUUUACGAUUUCAUGUGUUUUUCUGCCUGCAGUGUAUUUUGUACCAAGUUAUCUUGAUUAACCUGGCUUUAUGUACUAUCCUGAUUUUAUGUUUGUUCAAUUAUUCCUCUUGCAGGUAAUUGACUGCGGUUGAACAGCCAGAUUAUGUACCCCUAACUGUCAAUGAAAUUUCUUUAGCACACAUAUACUAAUCUGAAUGCAAUUGGUUCUGAAAUGAUCAAAACUUGGAAUUUUAAAAUGCAGCAGAGCUCUCUCACUUGUGUUUUUGGAUUUUCUAUGACAAGUUUCAAAAGUUUUUACAAUGACUAUUUCAAAUUAGAACUUUGUUUCCAAACUUAUUUGUCAUAAAAUUACUAAGUUGCAGCCAACUUGGAACAGUCAAACUUGGUGGGAAGUGGUGCAAGCUUCUCAACGACACAGCUGAAGAAUGAUCUUUCUGAGGCAAUUUCUCAAUAUUUGAAAAGUGGAAGCUAUCGAAUAGAGUUUCUCGACAACAGGCAGUUAAGUCUUUGGAUCUCCACAACAUGCUUGCAACUAAAAGGUAAGUUCAAAGUGUUGAGUAUCUUCUUUGGCUAUAUACAACGUGCUUCCAAUUGAAGGGUAAGUAAUCAAAAGUGUUAAAAGUAUAUCUCUCAGUGCGAAUCUCUUGCCUAUAUAUGUUCUUGUUUAUUGGUCCUAGUCCCUCUUUGAAGUGAUAAAAGUUGGUUUUGGUCUAGAGAGCAUGUACCUUCAGGUCCUUGUGCACAAGGUUCAGGGAUUAUUAGAAAAGUCACAAGAGUACGAGCUUUGAAUAUUAUUUAUGAUGAUGAUACAUAGUAGAAGGGUUCAUUGAUGAUGAAGAAGAGAAGCAGAAUAUGAAGCUGAAGUGGAAUUGGGGGAAGUAAGUAGUAGAGUUUUGUGUAUUUGAUCUCAAGUCAACAAUCUCUCAAUUGUUAUGUCAAGUUUCGAAAAGGGAAAAAGGUCCUUCAUUGAUGAAGAGAAUCCAAGAUGCAAUAUUCUUCAAAGCCACAUUCAAUGUUCAUAAAACCCAAUCUGAGAUUGGAUAAUAGAAAGUAUAAUUAAAGGUUUGAGAUUUCAAUAUUGCAAAAAAAUACAUGUAAAUUAUUGCCUAAAAAUGGUUUAACAUGAUUGCAGAUUAAUUUAUAGUAAUCACUUACCAUUUAAAGAGAAACUCAUAGGCAUGAGGAUUAGUGUUGAGAGCCAAAGAACAUAAACAUGUAUAUGUAUAACCUUUUCUGAUUAAAGUUUGAUAAUCAAUCUACCUAAAUUCCCAUUG